UUUGAAAAUCAAUCGUUAAAUCUAAGAGCAAACAUAAUUUAAACUUGAAUGCAAACAAAAGUUGAAACUCACUUUGAAUUAUUAGAUGAACUGGAUUACACUUUGAACAAUAUCAUACUGCAUGGUAAAGGAAAACAAAUGAAUAUGUUUUAUUACAUUGAAUCUGCGUGGUUAAAUCAACCAAUGAUGGCAACUAUUUUUAACCCAAACUAACCAGGUCAAGGUGGACGAUCAUUAAUUAUAACAAUUAUUUAAUUGAUAAAAGUUGGACAAUUGAAUGGUUAAAAGCUUCUGAAAACCAAAAUCCAACCAAAGGAAUAAGUUUAUGGGAAAUUGAUUGAUCCCAAUGUUUUGCAAAUUAACGAUUUCCUAUCAACUCUGUCUCUUGAUUGUCUUCUUAAAUCAUCAUUUAAAUGGGAUCAAAGUGGUUAAAGAUGAAAAUGAUUGGCAUAAAAAGUAAAAGUUGAUUCAACAAAUUUUUUGGAUUACACUUGACCUGACAAAUCUGGUUACCCAAAAAGAAACCCAAAUCAACCCGAAUCAAGUCAACUUUAAAAUCGAUACAAAUCAACUUGGAUCGAGGCAAGUAAUCAGCAGCUUAAUAGAUUUACUUAAUAAUUAAUUUGAUCCGAUUGAAGGCGAAAUUAAAAGGCAAAAAUUGGUGAAAAAAAUUGGUUAAUCGUUAAAAGUGAUUCCAGUUAAAAUUAGCAAAAUACAAAUGAGAGUCCAUCGUCCAUUAUCCAUAAAUCCAUCUUUGAUUAAUAUGACUAUGAGAUUGCAUCUCCAAAGGAUUAAAUGGCCUUUAAUUUGGUCCUGAUUGUUGCCCUCAGUUAUUGUACAAUUGCUUGUGUUCCCUUAUUAAUCAAUAGUUCAAAGAUUUAUCAUCUAGUCAAUAGCCGUUUGUUACCAUCAUCUUUAACAGCAACACCGUUAACUCACCAUUCCUUUGUUGAAUUACCUUCAUCUUUGUUAUCAUCAUCAUCAUCUUCAACCAGUUCAUUAUCCAAUUCAUUUACAUCAUUGACAAAUUCAUUGUCAUCCUUUUUUAUCAGUAAACGGUAUUUCAAUGAUUUGGAUGCCGAGGAAAACAAUCCAGCCAGAGAUUAUGCUAUUUGGUCCGCCAUUGCUUCUUCCCUUGCCAAAUGGAAUCACAUGAGAGUUGCCAAAUUAAGGCAACGAUUUAAACUUAAAUCAAUCAAUUUUUCAAGAUCAUCUUCACCUUCACCAUCAACAUCAACAACAACAACCUCGCCAUCAUCUUCCAGAUUAGUCAAACAUCGAGUCCGAAGAGAUGAAGAAAUGGUUUGCUACCGUAACAUUGGAUGUUUUCGAGAUGAAGGUCCAUUUGAUUAUCUUGACACUUUACCAGCAGCACCUGAAGUUAUUAAUACAACCUUUACAUUGUACACUCGAUUGAAUCCAAUUGAGGGAAGUUUAAUUGAUCUGACCAAUACAACAUCUAGUUUAAAUGAUUUUAAAGAAUCAGGUCCAGUCAAGAUAAUUAUCCAUGGUUUUGGUUCAACAGGACGAGAUCCUUGGGUUUUACAGAUGACUGAGGCAUUACUAUACGUUGAUGAUGUUAAUGUGAUUGUUGUUGAUUGGGGUAAUGGAGCUGCCUUACCUAAUUACGUUCAAGCAGCGGCAAACACUCAGCUGGUUGGUAAACAAAUUGCUUUACUUAUUAAAAUGUUAAUGUACGAGAAAGGUUUAAAAUCAUCUGACUUUCAUCUCAUUGGUUUCUCACUUGGCGCCCAUAUUGCUGGUUUUACUGGCACAGAGGUUAAAAAUCUAUCACGAAUCACUGGUCUAGAUCCGGCUUCACCGUUAUUUGAGGGUUACACAGCCAAAGUACGACUGGACAGUGAGGAUGCCCAAUUUGUGGACAUUAUUCAUUCCAAUGGAGACAGCUUUUUACGCGGUGGACUUGGCUCUUUUGAACCCAUGGGACAUGUUGACUUUUAUCCCAAUGGUGGACGCAAUCAGGUUGGCUGUAAUUCAGUUUUUGUAGGAGCCAUAAAUGAUAUUUUUUACGGUAGAUGGCAGUCUCUCUGUCAUCAUAGACGAGCUUUUAGGUUUUUCAUUGAUUCAGUUGUGGCCACAUGUAAAUUUCAUGCCUUCCAAUGUGAUAAUUAUGCUAAAUUUUUGCGCGGUGAAUGCUUUGAUUGUGGCAAAGAUGGAACUGGCUGUGGUAAUAUGGGCUACUUUGCCAACCAAUCACCGGGAAGAGGUAAAAUGUAUUUGGUUACCAGAGAUUCUGAGCCAUUCUGUGCAAAUCAAUACAAGAUUCAAAUCGAUAGCAGCAGUGGACAGUCAUCUACUUGGGGAAAAUUGGAGGUGAUUUUUUUAACCAAAGAUCGCAAUGAAACAUUCCAAUUGACCAGUGAAUCAGAUGAGAUAAAAGAUGAAUCCUUAAUCCAAGGCUUAGUCGUGGCUCACCCUUUAGUUCGUAAUAUUACCUCAGCAAUUGUUAAAUACACAAAAUAUCGAGGAUGGAUUUACUCUGGAAAAGAUUUCUGGGGAAUUGAUAAAAUUGUAUUAACAAAUUCUGAUGGCGAAAUGAUCUCUUAUUGUGGUUACAAUACAAUCCUUGAAGACAGUAUACCUUUACAAUUGGAACUUGUUAAAGGUAACUGUACCGUUGAGAUAACAGCUGAUGCAAGUUACAACAAUCGUUUGGCUCGAUUGGUUUGGCAAGUUGUCUCUGGACCAAGUAAGGGUCGCCCACCUAAACUACUUUGGCGUCUAUCGUUGGCCUCAGAAGACAUUUGAUCCAAACAAGUUGACAUCAAUUGUUUCACCGAGAGACACUGAAAAUAAAGCAAAGCAAAAAAAGGAAAUCAGGUCAAAACUUGUUUCUCUCUCUCACCUAAUCAUCACCCAAUUAAAAAGCCAACCCGGAUAAAGUGAAUUGACCUGUGACCCAUAGUUAAUUAUUGACUGUCUUGACCAUGAACUUGACCCUGAUCCAAUUGAAGUGACACCAAAGUCAGAAAAAAAGAACCAGAAAAUUGAUCAACAAUGAACCGUUUAAAACAAGUCCAACGGUCUGAA